AUGGCUAAACCACGUCUUAUCAUCGUCGUUCGACACGCCCAGUCCGAGGGCAAUAGUAUAGAUAUCCACCAGACCAUCCCCGACCAUCGUGUUAAGCUCACGCCGCUCGGAUGGCAGCAAGCGCACGAAGCCGGCCGCCAGCUGCGUGCCCUGCUCAAACCCACCGACACCCUGCACUUCUUCACAUCGCCUUACCGACGAACCCGCGAAACGACCGAGGGCAUCCUCGAGACCUUGACGGGCGCCGACGAGACCAGCGGGGACCCUAGUCAGUGGCAGCGGGAAAAUAUCAAGGUGUACGAGGAGCCCCGCCUCCGCGAGCAGGAUUUCGGCAACUUUCAACCAUGCAGUGCCGAGAUGGAGCGCAUGUGGCAGGAGAGGGCCGACUACGGCCACUUCUUUUACCGCAUUCCCAACGGAGAGAGCGCUGCCGACGCCUACGACCGAGUCAGCGGUUUCAACGAGUCUCUAUGGCGUCAGUUUGGCGAAGACGACUUUGCCAGUGUCUGCGUUCUCGUUACUCACGGACUCAUGUCGCGUGUUUUCCUCAUGAAAUGGUACCAUUUCACCGUCGAGCAUUUUGAGGACCUCCGGAACAUCAACCACUGCGAGUUUCUCCUCAUGCGGAAGAAUGAGGAAUCCGGCAAGUAUGUGCUAGAGAACCAGCUUCGCACAUGGUCCGAGCUACGUAGGGAACGUCUUGAGCAGAAACAGACGGAAUCCCAAACCCAGGCCAACAAGGACGCUGAGAAGCUUACCCGUAGCAAAACUUUUGUCUCCCUGCGCCGGUGGGGAGGAUGCCCGAACGGCUGCAACCACAGGAAGGAGUAUAAGCGCCGGGAGGACCUCGAACGCCUCCGGCUACAGGACGAGACUACAGCCACCAUCGCUUCCCAUGGAGCGGGUGGUGCCGCCGCGGCGAAGGACCUGCAGAACGGAGCCAAUGGUAGCAACGGGUCCAACGGGGCCAACGGCAACACAAACGGCAAUUCGUCGUCAACGAACCUUACCAUCAAGUCCCGGCGCAGCAUAUCAAAACGCAACGUUCAAAUCCAGGAGGGCAGCACCGUACUCUCGGGCGGGCCCCAGAUCGACAUCACCAGGGCGCUCGAGGAGCUGGAUUCUUCUCCUGACGCGACCCCUUCGUUCAUCUCGGCGGACGACCGCCUUCGCAGCCUAAGGUCGCCCCAUCUUCACAUUGGGCGCGAUGGAGGUGGUACUUAUUCGGGCCAUGCCUCUCCCAGCGGCAGCGAUGACGAAGUGUCUGGUGACGAGGAUAGCCGCCGGCCCGGCAGCAGCGGCCUCGACAGUCUUGCGGAACGCAUCCACAGCACCUCGCUAGCCAGCAAAGUGCGCAUCGGCCGCGUCGAAGUGGAAAACGUCGACGACGAGCCUAGCCAGCAUCAACGUGUGUACCUCGAUGAGAGCGGUAUGGGCCGUGGGGCUAUGGCUAACCGGUUGGGCGAUCACAGCCACAACAACAGUGAUGUUGGCUCGGACGUGGGGACGCCGGACACAAGGCCCAGCGACCCCUCGCGUCGCCUCUUGACGAGGACGAGCUUACCCGCCUUGAAAGGGAGGAGAAGAGCGUCCAAGGUAGCGUUUAUUAAAGCGAGACUCCUUUGCGGCUUGCUCCGGUCCUAG